AUGAUUGAGAUUCCAAGAGUGUCCCUGUGUCCCCCAGACAGUGAGGAUGUAGAGUGUCCCAUCACAGAAGUUGCCAUAGAUGGAGACCAUCAAAACAAUCUAUCCAAACCACCUUCCCCCAAUCAACUGUACGACCCAGCGUUUCAAAGCCGUGCCAACCAGUCACCUCAACUCAAGAGAUGCCCAUGCUGUGAGCAACAGCAGCCAAUCGCAGACAACGUCUCCCUGAAUCAAACGAAUGCGCCUUUCAACUCAGACUGCUCGAGCAAUGCCCUCAAGACUCAAGCUAACAGGUGCAGCCCCUUCCACCAGCCUACGUGUCACAACACAAUGCAGUGUCAUUGGCUGCAAGGAUCACAUGAUGGCGGCAAUUACAAGUCUGUCCAACGUCAUGUCGUCACAGUCAGGACUGAGAGACUCCAUAGGAUUCCAAAAAGCUACUCUCAAGUCAUAGUGGAAUAUCCAAUGACAGUACUUGUCGUAUGUGUAGUAGUGCUCCUGGCGUUCUCCCUGGCAGGCAUUUUGAUUGGUCCAUUGCCAGACUUCUCUGACCCUUUAUUAGGAUAUGAGCCCAGAGGAACAGACAUCAGAAUUCGAUUGGCAGCCUGGGCAAAGCUGCAAGAAAAUACUGGACCAGGAAAAGCACUGUCUCCGAUCUCUUCUCAGUUUGCAGACUAUAACAUAGCAAGAGAGAUCACUAGCAAAACCCAGCAUCACUUAAGACAUCGAUCAAGUCGAAUGUUACACACAGAUUCUGCAGAGAGGUCUUUUUUCUGCAAUGCUCCAGGGGAUCGCUAUGCCCAGCUGGUCUUCCGCUCAGGAAAUUCUGCAAGUCUUUGGAGUUUGAAGGCAAUAUAUUCAAUGUGUGAGAUGGAACAGACCCAGAUACGAUCAGAUGCACACUUUGAAGAACUAUGCCAGGUCAAACCGGAAGCCAUUGGCACCAAGAGUAAGGGUGAUUGCUGUCCAAGCUGGUCUCUGGGAAACUUCUUAGCACUUCUGAACAACGUCUCCUCCUGCUUCAGUCUUACAGCCCAGCAAGUGUCGGAAAGUUUAAGACUGCUGAGAUACUGCGCCCCUUACUACCACGAUGGAAGUCUUGUCGCAUCAUGUGCAGAAAGGAGUAAAUACAGACGUUGUGCAUUUGUCCCACACGAGUGCAAACACUCCAGCGUGAUCUAUGAGAUUCUGCAUUACCUAGUGGACAAGGAUUUCCUAGGUCCGCAGACUGUCGAAUACCAGGUUCCGUCCCUAAAAUAUAGUGUUCUCUUUCUACCAGUGGAGAAAGAAGAUGCUCUAAUGCAAUUGUAUCUGGAUUAUCUGGAGGGACAUGAGCUAAAUUAUAAUAAUACCACUAUAACUGGAAUGGACUUGGGGAUCAAGCAACAGCUUUUCAAGUAUUACCUCUCACGGGACUCUGUUUAUCCUAUUCUAACUGUUCUCGCGCUGCUUUUUACAAUAGCCUUAUAUCUUAAAUCAUUUCUUUUGUCAGCUAUGUCACUGGUGGCAGUCACAUUAUCACUUUUGACAUCCUAUUUCUUCUACAAAGUUGUUUUUAGGCUAACGUUUUUUCCACUCCUUAACCUCAUUGCAAUUCUUAUCCUAUUGGGAAGUUGCUCAAAUCAAGCAUUCACCUUUGCUGACUUCUGGAAGUCACAACUAAGCCAUAAUCCUCCAGCUACACUUGAACGAAGAAUCCACCGGACCUUACAAGAAACGGGAUACCUGAUAUUGGUGUCUGGUCUGACAUCUAGCACCGCUUUCUACUCAGGAUACAUAAGCAGCAUUACAGUGGUAAAGUGUUUUGCUGUGUACCUCGGUAGUGCCUCUUUAAUUAACACCAUAGCUGCUCUUGUUUGGCUUCCCUGUGUCACUGUUUUGCAAGAGCGCUACACUGCAGCAGCUUCAACCUCGGCUACGAAGCCAGCAUGGAAGUCAUGUUGCUUAAAAAAAUAUGCCAGCUUCUGGGACACAAGUUCUAGAAAGAGGUGCCUUUUUAUAAUAAUACAGAAAUUCCGGGGUCUAAAACGAGGUCUCUCAGACACAUCAAAUUUAAUUUUCUUAAAAAUCUUGCCAUGUGGAGUUGUUAAGUUCCGGUACAUUUGGAUCUGCUGGUUCACGGUGCUGGCUGCCGGAGGAGUUUACAUAUCAUGUGUGGACCCUGGCAUGAAGCUGCCAUCCUCUGACAGCAGGUCAACUCAGCUGUUUCGCUCCAGUCAUCCUUUCGAGAGAUACGAUGCAGAAUAUCGACAUCAGUUCAUGUUUAAGCGAAUGAAGCAAGGAGAGGAAGAUCCUAUGACCAUGACUCUAAUCUGGGGUGUUAUUCCUACGGACGACGGGGACCAUUUCAAUCCAAAAAUUAAUGGCUCUUUUAGCAUAGAUCCAGAUUUCAAUAUGAGCAGUUUUGAAGGUCAAAUGUGGUUGCGGGAGUUGUGUGGAAUAAUUCGAAACCAGAGCUUUUACUCUCUGAUUCCAGCAGAACAAGAAGGAACAGAGGACAAUGUCUGUUUUUUGGACGACUUGAUUUACUGGGUAUCUAUGCGCCGCUGUUCAAAAAGCGAGGAUGCGCCUAGUCCCUGCUGCAACAAUAUUUCAUUUCCCUACCCUCCUGAUAUUUUCGAGCAGUGCCUGAAAAUGAUGUUGGCAGAACAGCAGGCUGAAAGAAAUUUUUUUAGAAAUGGAGGCUUAAGUUUUGAUUCAAAUGGUCAAAUUGCUGCACUUGUUUUGGUAUUCAGGACCUCACAGCUUUACAGUUUUAACUACAGCAAGACUUCAGAAUUCUAUAAAUUAGUGACGUCAUGGUUCAAUAAGGAAAUUUCCAGGGCUCCACCAGGACUUAGGAGAGGAUGGUUUGUAAGCCAGUUAUUGUUAUAUGACCUUCAGCAAUGUCUAAGCUCAGAGACUUUACUAGUAGCUGGCUUUUCGGUAGGACUCGCAUUUGCAGCGCUUUUGCUUACCACGUGGAAUAUACCAUUAAGCAUUUAUGUGACAUUUGCCGUUGGGGGAAGUGUUUUCGUGACUGUUGGUCUGCUUGUGCUUUUAGAAUGGCAGUUAAAUAGUGUAGAAGCACUGCUCAUUUCAGCUGCUGCAGGACUCUCUGUUGACUUUGCAGCCAAUUACUGCAUAUCAUACUGUUUUGCCCCACACAGUGACAGACUGGGCAAGGUGAUGUAUUCUCUAAAAAGAAUGGGUUGUCCAGUAGCCACAGGUGCCGGGGCAUACUUCUGUGUUGGGAUCAUUAUGCUGCCCGCGACUGCGCUGCUGUUCAGAAAGGUUGGAAUUUUCUUCUUUUUAGUCAAAUGUGUGGCAUGCGGCUUUUCCACUUUUUUCUUCCAGUCCCUCUGUUGCUUCUUUGGACCUCAAAAAAACUGUGGAAAAAUAGGAAUACCUUGUGCGACAGGGGUAGCCACAGAAAACGUGCUGCCUUGUGAAGCACCAACAGCCAAUCAUUCCGCAAACGGGGCCUUCGGCUGUGGUACUGGCACAGGCUCGCAUGCAAAAAGAAGCUGUCAUAAGGAAGGUGGCGAAUUCUUGUGCCCUAAUCAGCAUCGGCACAGGCAUCACCAGGCAGGGCUAGGAAGGGAGCAGGAACAGUACGAGCUACAACCCUUGGCCUGUCAUCUGAGCGACAGUUUUGAAAAUAGCACAUGCACCAGCAAGCUCUCCAACAGACCUUCUGUGCUUUCGGAUGACAUCGAGUUCUGUCCGAAGCAAUAUUACGACAGGAUAAGCACUGAAACUGUCAGCGAGGAAACAUGCAGCAGGCACCUUAAUGAUUGUGAUCCUCCCCUAGCGGUUCAGACCUCGUCCCCUUAUAAAGGGAACCUACUACGACCUGUAACGGUCUCUCCAGGUGAUCCUGCAAAGAAAAGGCUUUUGUGCAAGAAAUGUCACAGCCAGGCUGAUGCUGGAAUUGCACUGUGGAAUGUCUCCUUGUCAUCCUCCAGCAUGGAAAACAUUACAGUCACCGAGACCAUGGAUAAUGUCAACAAAAGGUCACUCUCUAUGGACAGUGCCGAUAGAGGUAGAGGUCGUCCACAUAAACGACUUUUGUCUUGUCAGUCUCAGAGCUCCAUCGAAGGGCUUGAAGACUCUAACGAGACUUGCUUAAGCGAUAUCGAACCCACUACAACUGUUGAACCAUCAGCUGAGACUGACGAACAGCCACAGCCAGGCCACCUCAAUGGAAAGAGAGAAACUUUACGUCUGUCGCUAAGAGAUACCAUUUAUGACCUCAGUUCCUCGGGGUCUGGGAGGGGGCGGACAAGCCAAAGUGAGGUAGCAGUAAUAUUGCCGAACAGUCAACCGGAUUUACCUGAUGUUUGGAUCAAAAGGGAUGGCAGAAGAGAAGAGAGCAGCUGA